AUGGCGAGUACUUCAAGCCGUAGCAUUAGUGAUAGUCCAACGGAGCAAGAAUGCGCAUACGAGACAUGGAUGAAUUUGCAACGUAAAGAAACGAUAGAGCUUGAACAAGCUGCACUUGAAGCCAAAAAGGGCCUAAAAAAUGAAAAUCAACUCACUCAACUAAUCGAAAAAACCGUACAAAAUUUCCAAGAUUAUGCUAACAACCGUAGCCGUCUAGCCCGGACCGACGUGUCACCACUGUUUGCGCCAACUUCAUGCACCCCGUUGGAGAAUUCGGUGCGAUGGAUCGCUGGUUGUAGACCAUCUUCUCUCAUACGUUUCGCGUACGUGCUAUGUGGCAUAGACAUCGAGUCUCAUCUCACCGAGUUUCUUCAAGGGAAAAAGCUCGGUGAGCUGACCAAUAAACAAAUGAACAUGAUUGACGCUUUACAAGCUAAAACGAUUAGAGAAGAGAAUAAUCUUUCUUCAAGAUUGGCUAGCUUGCAAGAGGACAUUGUGGAUCUGCCUUUCGCCGGUAAAACGAAGAAUGAUUGUGAGAAUGCAGAUGAAGCUUUAGAUGAACAUAGCCGAUAUAUGGCUGGUGUAUUAAAAGACGCUGAUGAGUUGAGGAUGAAUACGUUGAAGGAAAUUGUACUCAACAUACUUAAACCGCUUCAAGCUGUGGAAUACUUAGCCGCUGCCAAGAGGCUUAAGCAUUGUUUCAAAAUAUGGGGCCAGAAGAGGGAUCAACCACGUACCAACAAUUAG